GGUCAAUGAAUUUGCACAUGACAAAAAGAAAAUACCUACUAGAUUCAAAUUAUUGAAUUAAAAAAAUCUAAAAAUAAGUAGUUUUUCUUUAUCUUUAGAGGGAUAGAAUAAAAUAUGAGGCUAUUUAUGUGCUGCAAACCUACGGACGGUAAAAUUCCUCUAAUAAUAAAAUGGAGUGGAAAAGAAUACGAAGUAUACAUCUCAGAGAACGACUCGGUUGCAGAUUUGAAAAGGGAAAUUUUAUACAAAACUGGUGUAAGGCCGGAGCGCCAGAAACUUCUAAACCUCAAAUUGAAAGGCAAAGUUGCUGAUGAAGAAUGUAAAAUAGCCACAUUGAAGCUAAAGCAGAACUUCAAAAUUAUGAUGAUGGGCUCACUGGAACAAGAUAUUGAACAAGUUAUCUCCGCCCCUGAAAAUUUCCCAGAAGUAAUUAAUGAUUUGGAAUUUGAAGAUAAAGAAAUCGCCAUCGAAAACCAAGAAAUAUAUCUAAAGAAAAUAGCAAAGAGAGUGAAGGAAUAUCAAAUAAACAUUUUAAAUGAUCCAAGACCAGGAAAAAAAUUACUUGUAUUGGAUAUUGAUUAUACAUUGUUUGAUCACAGGACUACAGCUCAGUCAGGUGCUGAACUAAUGAGACCAUACCUCCAUGAAUUUUUAACGAGCUCUUAUGAUGAUUAUGAUAUAGUGAUUUGGUCAGCCACAAGUAUGAAAUGGAUAAUAGAAAAAAUGAAGCUCUUAGGCGUUGACAAACAUCCUAGCUAUAAAAUUGCUUUCUAUUUGGAUUCUCUAGCAAUGAUCUCUGUGCACACGCCCAAAAACGGUGUUAUUGAUGUAAAACCAUUAGGGGUUAUAUGGGGUAAAUUUGAACAAUUCAGCCCCAAAAACACUAUAAUGUUUGAUGAUAUCAGACGAAAUUUCAUUAUGAAUCCCAAAAAUGGUUUGAGAAUAAAAUCCUUUAGAGAAGCGCACAUAAAUAGGUAUAAAGAUGAUGAGCUCCUCAGACUUUCAAGAUACCUAAAAAAACUGGCAGAACAUUGUACUGAUUUUACAACAGUCAAUCAUCGGAAUUGGGAAAAAUACAAACCUAAAAAAUGAAUAUGUAAUUCUAAGGUUGGCGUUUCCUUAAGUGUUCAUUAAAACCAAAGAUCACAACUUCUUUGGACAACACAACCACAAGUGAUAAUUUAACGAAAUGGAUUACCUGGCCAGAUUUAAAGUAAACACUUGAGCACUAUUUGCACAAAUUGAGUUUGCAGAGAAAUUAAAAUUGGGCAAAACUGAUAGGAUUAUUUUUGAAUUCGGCAUGUCGAGUAACUCCUGGGUUUAAUUUUCACCUGUGGUUUUGGAGAUAAUCACUCAUUUUCAAUAGCAAUUUAUGCAUUAUUAUACUUUAUACAAGACUUUAUAUUAUGCCUGAAAAUCAUUUUACAUGGUUCUCACGUUUUCAAGUGAGUUAAAGUUGCCUGUCUGGGCUUGCUUGCGAACCUUUCUGGUGUGUUUCCAUGGAAUUUAUGAGCUGCUGACAAAUUACCUGUUGGCCGGGCUAACUUAUUUAGAAUGAGUACCCUGUUCAGAUACCAUUCUCAGUGUUAGUAAAAAGCGCUAAAAACACAUUGUUUUUAGUGUUUCCUACAAAAUCUUUCCUAAAUUAUGACUUAAACGAGUAUCAAAUCUUGUCAUACAAUUUGUAUGCUUGAAGAGUUGUUCAAACAAGCUGUGAUCUUUUUAAAAAAAAAUUAAGCUGCAAAGAUGGAAGGGGUAGACAUCUCAAUCAGACACUACUCUCGGGUAGUUAAAUUCAAAGUUUGCCCAUUUAGUAAAAUCAAAUCAAAUCUCUCAAGAUAUCUAGAGUGCGUACUUUUUUAUGUUUUGGGUUUCCUAAGAAGAGUCUUAUAUGUACAGGGUGGCCCAUUUUCGAUGUUUUAAUAGGCUAUAUCUAAAACCAGCAGAGAUAUCAAAAAUCUGGGAUCACAUUCUCGAGCUCUUUUUUUGAGAAAAUAACAAUGGCGAAGACAGAUCACGGCUAACUUGAUGCGUUUAGGAAAUACAGGGCACUUUUCAAAUUUUGUCCAAUUUUAAAAGUCUCUCUAAUUUCCUUAUUAUUCAAGAUAUCCAAAAACGAAAAAUACUUUCUAUAGGCAGUUUUUCAAGGAGAAUACAGUGGCAUGACCAAUUUUUCUCCAAAUACCUCCGAUUUUGGAAUAUUGACCAAAGCUGUGUUUUUUUAAAUGGGACACCCCACAUAUUAUUUUUUUAUUGAAUAGCUUUAUGUGAGCUGAUUUGAAUGAUAUAAGGUUUUAUACCUUUACCUUCUAUAGUUUUGGAGAAAAAAAAAUUAAUUCCGUUUUUUCCAUAAGAAACCAUGAUUUAGAAAGAGAUAGUUGAACUAUGAAUUGGCUACAAAUUUCUUAAUUCUUAAUUUAAUUUUUCAGUUCAGCAAAUUUUUUUUUUAAUUUGAACUAAGAAUCGGGGGUGAUAAAUAGGCAACACAUAAUUUAUUUAAUGACUUCUCUCUCUCUAGCUCAUUGUUUCUUAUGGAAAAAACGGAAUUUAUUUUUUUUUCUCCAAAACUAUCGAAGGUAAAGGUAUAAAACCUUAUAUCAUUGAAAUCAGCUCACAAAGAGCUAUUCAAUAAAAAAAUAAUAUACGGGGUGUCCCAUUUAAAAAAAAACACAACUUUUGUCAAUAUUCCAAAAUCGGAGGCAUCUGGAGAAAAAUUGGUCAUGCCACUGGAUUCUCCUUGAAAAACUGCCUGAAAGUAUUUUUCGUUUUUGGAUAUCUUGAAUAAUAAGGAAAUUAGUCUUUUGAAAUUGGACAAAAUUUGAAAAGUGCCCUGUAUUUCCUAAACACAUCAAGUUAGCCGUGAUUUGUCUUCGCCAUUGUUAUUUUCUCAAAAAAACAGCUCGAGAAUGUGCUCCCAGAUUUUUGAUAUCUCUGCUGGUUUUCGAUAUAGCCUAUUAAGACAUCGAAAAUGGGCCACCCUGUACAGGGUAUCUGGUUAUAAUUUGACACCCCACUGACAGUCAUCACCUUUACAAGUAGAUGAUAGGUGUAAAUACAAAAGUUUUAUCUAAAUUUUUGGAAUCUAUCGUCAGAAACUAAAAAUUAUCAGAAAUUUGAAGUUUUGUGUAUUUUCAACCUUUUUCAGAUGGAAUGCCCUGUACAGGGCUAUUGGUAAUUCGAUACACUCCUUUGGAGAUGUGAUAGGGGAUGAGGUAAGGAUUAAAUUUAACUGUUGCAUACUUUAUGCCAAACUCAAUGGUUUUUGAGAUAUUCUAAUGUUUCUGUUUUUCUGAAGAACAGAUCUAAUUGCCUUGAAAAUUAAUUAGCAAAAAAUCUACCAUAUAUUUUUUCAACUUUUCUACUGGCCCAACACUUUGGACUUAUGAUUGUAAUAAAAAAAUAUCCGGAAACAUUUCUGUCAUAGGAAAAUUUAUAAACAACCGAUAAGAAAUUUUGACCGCUGUAAAAAUUAUUUUUCAAGAGAUUUUGUUUAAAAUUUUCCCAUGAUAGAAAUUUUUCCGGAUAUUUUUUAUUACAAACAUAAGAACAUGUUACCAUAGUGUUGGGCAAGUACCUAAUCCAGAAGAAAGGUUGGAAAAAUAUACGGUAGAUUUUUUGCUAAUUAAUUUUUAAGUCAAUUUGGUCUAUGUUUUCAAGAAAAACGGAAACAUUGAAAUAUCUCGAAAACUAUUGAGUUUUGUAUAAAACAUGUUACAGUUAGAUUUACUCCUUACCUUACCCCCUAUCACAUCUCCAAAGGAAUGUAUUGAAUUACCAAUAACCCUGUAUUUGGUUCGAAAUCCAUGAAGAGCACAAGGAUCUCUAUAUAUUUUUGUUACAGGAAAAUUGUGCUCUUCAAGAAUAUAGAAUCAAAUAUAGGGCAUCCCAUUCGUAAAAAUUAAAAAGUAUGCAAAAUUUUACGUUUCUGGCAUUCAAUAUUUGUUUCUGACCAUGGAUUCUCUAAAUUCAGCCAAAACUCAACAACUGUAAAGGUAAAGGCUGCAAGUGGGGUGUCAACUUUUUUUGGCAAAUGGAUGGUUUUUUAUUUGAUUUGAUUUUAUUAAAAUCUGUCACAAAUUAAAUUAAACGCUUUAAAGAAAUUGUGCAUGUAGUAAUUUAUUGUGGGUCAGGAAAAUGAUGUUUUUUUUUUGCUUGCUUAACAUAUUUUUAUUAAGUUUUUGAGGGUAUUGUACCUAGUUCAAUCAAUGUCGUGCUGACCCACAAAAAUUAAAUUAAGUACCAAUAACUGAAAUUAUAAACAUUCAUUUAUUUUAUAUUAUAUACAUGUCGCUUUAUACUAAGUUUUAUAUUAUGUAAAUUACUACACUUUAUUAUUUGGAGUUUUCCAUUUACAGAAAGCAAUAAAUAAUUUGUUAAAUUCA